ACUUUAUAUCUUCCAUGAGGUUGGUUUCGUUUUGUUGGUUUGUUUUUUUCCUGAACUAUCUUACCAUAAAGAACACUUUUUAAUUAGCAAUUAAAAACAUUAAAAGUUUUCCAGUCCCACUUAAAAGUAGAAAGCUACUUGUGUCAAGUUUUGUUGGGUUGGGAUGGAUUUUCUACAAAGACUUAAACUGCCUUGUGAUUUUUACGUAAAUAUGUAAAUAUACCAGUGGGAUUUAAUUAUGUGGGUCAGGAAGUGUUUUUAAGAUGAGCGACUCCCAAGUAUAAACAUUUUUAAUAGUGAAAAUUCUAAUGAAAACUUACAAAAGCAUUACUUGCCACUUUGGAAUUGCACAGAUGGAAUGGAAAUGAACUCGACAUCCUUCAAAUACUUUCUUUAAAUCUUUUUAACUACAACUUGGUGUAGUCCUCAACAGAGAAGAAGUGUCUGAGCUGUUUCCCUGCUAAUCCAUACCAGUCUGACUGCAGCUGAUACAAGAUUCCAGUUCUUUCUACAGCUGGGAGAAAGGCUGCAAGACAAUACUAAAAGCAUGCAAAUUCCCCACGGUUCGACCAAAAAUAGCCUGGAUAACAACUGUAUGGAGGUUUAAGUCAACUACAGCUGGGUCUUACUCUUGAGCUUGUGACCAGUAAACAGAAGCAACCCUGGUUACCUCCUACACAACAUCUGGUAUCAGCAAACUAUUCCAUUCUGGUAGCACAUGAGAGACUAAAGCUCAAGCAAUCAAGACAAUGGCUAGCCAAGUGUGGACAUAAUUCAUGGACAUCCCAGAAGUUUGGGUACACCCGUGGAAGCUAUCUUGUGUUUGAAAAUCCUGCUGCAUUGUGGACAGAUGACUGAAAUUCAUAACUGCUAUAAACCAGAGACAGAGAUGAAAAAUCACUCUUCUAGACUGGAGUGACACCAAAACCAAAGACCCGUUUGCUACCUCUGCUAUGUUCUCAUGAGAUCAAAAUUGCAGGCUGCACCUUCCUUGUUCAAGCUGACAGUGAUGGACAUGGUAGCAGUAGCCUCAUUCAGGAAUUCGGCUAAAAGUAAAGUCAGAUGCUACGAGCUACCUCAGCACUGGGCAAGGCACCAGGCGACUCAUUUUGGUGACUACCAGGUGAUGACAGGCCGCUGCGAGGCCCUUUAUCCAAAAAGCUACCAGCACUCCCCGGGGACAAUGGACCGCUCAGCGGAUGCAUCCGGGGUCCUGGGAGGCUCAGAUAUUGGGUCACAGAAGGACAGAGUGGUGACUGAGGAGGAAUGGCUGCAAAAAUGGGAAAUGGGUAACAUUGGGUUUCACAAGGAACAAGGGCAUCCGCUCCUCCAGAAGUAUCUGGAUGUUCUUUUAAAUGGCAAGACUGGACUGAGGAUAUUUUUCCCACUUUGUGGUAAAGCAGUAGAGAUGAAAUGGCUGCUGGACAUGGGGCACAGCGUUGUUGGUGUGGAAGUCAGCGAGCAAGCACUGAAGGAAUUUUUUGCAGAACACAAUCUGCCUUAUUGCGAGGAGCCAGUCCCAGAGAUUUCCAGAGCAAAAAAGUUGUGGAGUACCUCUGGGAACAUUUCUCUGUACUGCUGCAGUAUUUAUGAUUUGUCCAGCUCAAUAGUUGGCAAGUUUGAUGGGGUUUGGGACAGAGGAGCUCUAGUAGCUGUGAAUCCACGCGACAGACAACGCUAUGUCAGUUUAAUGAUCACCCUAAUGGAGAAAAAUUCUUCUUAUCUCCUUGUUACUGUUUCAUAUGAUCCAAACAAACACAAAGGCCCACCGUUUUAUGUUCCUGAAUCUGAAAUUAAAAGCUUGUUUGGCAACCACUGUGAAAUUAAGUGUCUUCAAAAAGUUGAUGACUUCUCAGACAGACACAGACAAUGGGGACUAGAUUAUUUUCUGGAGGUGCUAUAUAUACUCAAGUUUGUAGCUUGAUUAAAAUUAAUUAAAAUAACUUACAUCCCA